AUGGUGUCCACUAUCUCCGGUUUUAGCUUAAUUUUGUUCAUAGCUGCCGUCGCUAGUAGCAUUUCAGCCGCCCCUUCAGCCGCUCUCGUCGGAAGAAAAGUCUUCGAUGUUCGAAGCUAUGGUGCUCGUGGUGACGGCAAAACAGACAAUACUAUGGCAUUUACAAAGGCGUGGAAAGACGCUUGCCAAUGGAAAGGAUUACCUAGAGUGUAUAUACCAUUUGGAACCUUCUACCUCGGUGCUGUAGCCUUCACGGGACCAUGUAAAAGUCGGAUUAGUUUCAUCAUCAAAGGAACUUUGUUAGCUCCAAAAGAUCCUAACGCCAUCAAACAAGACAGCUGGAUUAUUUUUAGGUACGUUGACUAUCUCACGGUUUCAGGCGGCGGCAUCCUUGACGGACAAGGAAGCUACUCUUGGCCACUCAACAAUUGCCGCCAAACCCAUAAUUGCCGGGCUCUACCGAUGAACAUGGGGUUCCAGUUCGUGAGAUUCUCGAGACUCACGCGCAUCAAAUCGAUCAAUAGCAAAAUGGGCCACCUCAACUUCUUCUCAGUCCAACACUUUGAUAUCACACGCGUCAACAUUAAGGCUCCCGGAGAUAGCCCUAACACUGAUGGAAUCAAGAUAGGUUCAUCAAACCACAUGAAGAUCCACCACGUUGACAUAGCAACUGGCGACGACUGCAUCGCUAUCUUGUCGGGAACCUUCAAUUUGGAUAUCAACAAAGUCAACUGUGGACCGGGCCAUGGAAUCAGCGUUGGAAGUCUUGGGAAGUUUAAAGGUGAGAAGAGCGUUCAGGGAUUAAUUGUUAGGAAUUCAAUCUUUAAUGGUACGAGUAAUGGAGUACGAAUCAAGACAUGGCCUUCGCCGGGUGAACCGAACUUAGUUUCGAAUUUUCUUUUCAAGAAUCUCCAGAUGAUUGAUGUCCAAAGCCCAAUCAACAUAGAUCAACGAUACUGUCCAAAUCCACCGUGCAGCUUUCAGUCUUUUUCAAAGAUUCAGAUAAGAGACGUGAAGUUCCAAAACAUUUGGGGAACGUCGACGGCCAAGGAGGCAGUGAAGUUGCAAUGUAGCAAGAAUGUUCCUUGCAAAAACGUUCAGCUCUUCAACAUUAACAUAGUGCACCGUGGGAGAGACGGUCCAGCAACCUCUGUGUGUGAGAAUGUUGGCGGUUGGAUAGGUGGCAAGAUUUCUCCUCCGUCUUGCAUCCGGUGAUCCACAUUUUGAGUUUUUAUUAUAUGAUCCUGAUUAGUUUUUUCGUAGCUUUUAUUAUAUUUGUAAUUCCUGAUAUUCUCUGAUCAC